UGAAGGUUUAUACUUGGUUGAAUGCCAUUUUUAGAGAAAAAUAAUAAAAAUUUUCACAAGUCUUGUCAAAAUAUCCAUUGUCAAAUUACCUUUGGUUUUAUAAAUAUUGUAUUUCGCCAAAUUCUAAAAUUGUAAUGUGUGUUUUGUAAUUAUUGUUUUGUUUGUCAUUUUCAGUUGUAUAUACUUUUUUGUUUUUGUUAAAUUCCAAUAAAAAUGACUCGUUGUAGUGUUCCCUCGUGUUCUAACACUGCCAACCAUAGUUUUCCAAAGAAUCUUACACUAAGAAAACGUUGGCUUAAAGCAAUUCAUCGCACUGAUUUUGUUCCUAAAAAUGGGGCGAGGAUAUGUCGCCAUCAUUUCCAGGAUUCCGACUAUGUUAAGAUCAGCGAUUACACUGGAUUACGACUCCAGCACAGGUUCCUAAAGAAGUCAGCAGUGCCGUCAAUAUUUCCUUGGACCGGGAAGACUUCCAGCAACCAAACAUUACGCGAGAAACUCAUAAGACGUCAUCAUCUUAUGGCUAAAAUUAAGGGACGCGACUACAAGGCCCAUGGUGACAUAGGGACAAUAUAUAAACAUGAUAAACAGAAUUGGCAUAGGCACGAGCGACAUGCCCCGAGAAGAAAGGAUUGCUCUUAUCACAAACCAUCGACAUUUAAACCUCUACGCGAAUCCAAAAAUUACGAACUGAACAAAUUUAGCCGAGGGACACAAACAUCUUACAGCCUGAGAAUAUUCGCUACAGAACAGUUGCUAUCCGACGGCGAGUCUGUCAGCUUCUAUACAGGGCUGGACAACAGUGCUCAGUUCACCUUCCUGCUCUCCACUUUACAUCCCAUGGCCCACGACAUAAAGUUCCAAUCCAAAAAGGUGAACAAACUUUCCAUUGAAGACCAAUUCUUGAUACUACUCAUCAAGCUACGUAGGAGUAAGCCGGAUUUUGAGAUAGGAAAGAUGUUCGGAAUCAGCAAGUUUGACGUGACCAACGUAAUUGUGACGUGGGUCAGUUUCGUCAGUGAUAUCUGGAGUACCCUGGAUCUCUGGCCGACACCGAUUCAGAUAAAUUUGUACAUGCCUCACCCUUUCAAAGGAAAUAUGCUCAGUUCUCCUUCCACUUCAAUUUUGUUGGAGAAUAAUGAUAUUUCUAUACAGAAGAACGAUAUAGAUGACGCCCGAAAAGUAGCUUUUAGUCAAUACAGAAUAAAGAAUAUCAUUAAAUUCUUGAUCGGGUGCUCCACGGAGGGACUGGUGACCUACUCUUCUGAAGUCGCGGAUGACUCUGCUCCGAAUGACCAAUCGACGAACAAGGGCGAAAUCUCUUGCAUUAUACCAUUCGAUCAAAAACUAGCGACCGCUACCUCUAUAGAGAGAAUAGUGAAUUCUUCAAAAACAUAUAAAAUAUUAGGAAAUCCCCUCAAUCAGAGUUAUGCCCCGUUGUGUUCAAAGAUAUUUAGUAUUUGUAUGAUAAUAUGUAGGUUCAAAGAAGGUAUUUUAAAAAAGUAAAGUCAGU